AUGCCAGUAUGUAUUAAAGUAUGGAGUGAUCCGCAUUAUGCUUCGACGAGAAUCCGACUCGUCGUUCGUGUAAGUCGAACGAGGAUCCGUGACAGCGGCACACCCACUUUCACAGAGUAUAACAUGAUGCUGUGGACACCACUUCUUGCGCCUGCCCUCAUACUGGCCUUGGCUUCGUCGGUCAAUGGCCAGAGCAACGACAACUCGGGCGUUGGGAAGGGGUUCAUCAGCUACGAAGCCGGACGAACCAGCGGCCAAAUAGACCGUGGAUCCCAGACGCUGGCUUCCCUCAGGCCAGGUUCCGGCUUCGACUUCCUCCCCUCCGACUUCCUCUCGAACCUGACGAUCAACGGCGCGCACCACCUAGGCGAUGUCACGUUCCGCUUCAGGGUCGACGGCGCGAGCAACUGGACCAGCGUCGAUUCCGCCAGCAACAGGAGUCCCGUCAGGGCUUUGGACGGCCUCGCCCCGGGUGUCAUCGCCGGCGCGGACUUGGCUCCGACUCUGCCCGGCGGCCUGCCGUUGACGGUCACCCGCGAGUGGCUGUCCGAGGGCGACGGCCUCGCCCUCCGCGUGAACCUGACGAGCAACGCCAACACGACCGUCGAGCUAGGGUCGCUGGGCCUCCCCGUCGUCAUCAACAACAUCUUCAGCACGCGCUCGGCCGAGGAUAUCCAGGCGAAGUGCUCCCUCGCGGACCCGUACAUCGGCCUCGAUGCCGGAUACGUCCGCGUGUCCCCGGUCAAGGGCCUCGGUAACGCGCUCGUGAUCUCUCCCCUCGGCGCGAGCAGCCCAUUCGAGGCUUGGAGACUCCUCGGCGAACCUCAGGGAGAUUUCUUCUACCAGUCGCAGACGUACGAAGGCAACUACGAGUGGGUGAUUCACUCCCAGGCGUGGACCGAGAAGGAGUGGAAAGGCGUCAACCCCUGGAACCCCCCCACCGCGAAGACGCUGAAGCCGGGCGAGAGUUAUUCUGUCGGGCUCAGAUUCAGCAUCGCGGAGAGCAUUCAGACCAUCGAGGACGCCGUGGUCAAGUCCGGCAUUCCUCUCGCUGUGGGAAUCCCCGGAUACGUUGUGCCUACCGAUCUCACCGCGCGACUAUAUCUGACGCAUUCGGCUCCGGUCAAGUCUAUCGACGGCCACGGUUCCUUCACCGUCGUCCAAGACACCGCCGCAAAGGGGACGCCCUACCUCCUGACCCCCACCGCAGGCACCUGGGGAAGGGCCAAGAUCACCGUCACCUACGAGGACGGCAAGACGCAGGUUGUCCACUACUUCGUCACCAAGCCAGCGCCGGAGACGGUGUCCGACUUGGGCCACUUCCUGACCACCGCCGCUCACUACACGGAUGAGACAGACCCAUUCGGGCGAGCACCGUCCAUCAUGGGCUAUGACCGGGAAGCCAACGCCAUCGUCGAGCAGGACGAGCGGGUGUGGAUCGCGGGGCUCAGCGACGAGGGGGGCACCGGGGCGUACGUCGCCGCGGCCACGAAGCUCUUCAUCCAGCCCGUCGAGAGGGAAGUUGUGGUCCUGGACGAGUUCAUCCACGAGACCGUCCUCGGAUCCAUCCAGCCGCCCGGCUCCUUCGCGGUGCGGGCGAGCGUCUUCUACUACGAGCCCGGCGCGGUCAACUACACGUACAACGCGGACCUGGACUGGACGUCUUGGACCUCGUGGAACAAGGAGAGGGCCUACACCACCGCCCGCGCCUACAACUACGUCCAUCCCGUGGUGGCGUACUGGUCCAUGUACCGCGUGGCGCGGGACUACCCCCAAGUCGAGACCCGGGCCGACUGGCGCUGGUAUCUGAACCAGGCGUACAACACGGUCCAGCACUGCCUUGCCGACGGCGCCCCCGAGUGCGACUACGGCUUGACCGGCUUGAUGGGCGAGACGGUGUUCGCCGAGCUUCUUGAGGAUCUCAAGAGAGAGAACAUGACGCAAGAGGCGACCGCGUUUGAGGCUUCGAUGCGCUUCCGCGCCGAGUUCUGGGAGACUCUCGCGGUGCCCUUCGGAAGUGAGAUGGCUUGGGACAGCACGGGGCAGGAGGGCGUCUACUACUGGACCAACUACUUCGGCCUCAACAACACGGCGACCAAGGCCAUCAACAGCAUCGCGGCGUACAUGCCGACCGUGGCGCACUGGGGCUGGAACGGCAACGCCCGGCGGUACUGGGACUUCAACUACGGCGCCAAGUACGCGGACACGGAGCGUCAGAUCCACCACUACGGCUCCGGCCUCAACUCGCUCCCGAUGCUGCACCACUACGAGCGGAACCCGGCCGACGUCGACGCCCUCCGCGUCGCCUUCGCCGGCAACACCGCGCCCCUGACCAACGUCGACGCCGAGGGGUUCCCCUCGGCCGCUUUCCACUCGUUCCCGGAGAACCUUGACUGGGACCCGUACACGGGCGACUACGGCCUCGGGUUCUUGGCCCUCGGCCUUGGCCAGGCGGUGUACAUCGUCGACCACGAGCGGUACGGGGACGUCGUCUUUGGCGGCAACGUCGUCGUCGGCCCAGACGAUACCGCCGCCGCCGCCGCCACCGCCGUCGUUGUCGAGCCGCGCGAUGCCGUCCGGCGUCGGGUGUUCGUCGCGGGCUUGGGUCUGAAAGUCUCGCUCAGCGCCGGAGCGAUCAAGACUGUCACGUAUGACCGUGCGGGACAGACGUUGAAGCUCGCGUUGAGCCCCACCGUUUCAGAGGCGGCAUUGCGGGCCAAGUCGGCCGUCGUCUGGCUUACCCAGACAUCGUCAGUAGGGACCAAGUUCACAGUUCCAGGGGCUGCUUUGUCCAGGGGCGGGUACGUGGUAGACCUGUCAACCGGACAAGCAGAGGUUGUAAUCUCCAAGUUGCAGUAG